AUGCGCGUGCGGGUGUGCGGCGGUGACACCCCCCAUGCCCGCCCGCGGCAGGUCACCAAUGACGAGAUGUGCGAGAUCUGCGAGGUGUGGACAGCCGAGAGCCUGUUCCCCUGCCGGGUGUGCACGCGCGUCUACCACGACGGCUGCCUGCGCCGCAUGGGCUACCUGCCCCAAGGCAGCGCCGCCGAGCUCACCGAGACGGCUCACACCGAGACCGGCUGGAGCUGCUACUACUGCGACAACCUCAACCUGCUGCUGACCGAGGAGGAGAUGUACAGCCUCAUGGAGACCUUCCGGCAGUGCCACAUCAUCCCGGACACCUGCCUGACGCUGGACGACUUCCUGGCCUACAAGCACCUGGUGCACAAGCGCCAGUUCGAGCGGCCCAUGGGGGAAGCCCAGGAGGAGCGUGCCACCCUGCAGUUCGGCGCCCUGGACCCCGACAAGCGGGGCCACGUCGAGUGGGCCGACUUCCUGUCCCACGAGUCCAUCCAGCUGCUCCAGAAGCUCCGGCCACAGAACUCGUUGCUGCACCUGCUGACAGCCAAGGAGCGGGAGCGGGCACGCACCGCCUUCCUGGCCCUGCCCCGGGACCCCGACGGGAGGGUCAGCCAGGCCGAGUGUCGCCGCGCCCAGCUCGCCUGGUUCCGCAAGCAUCCCCCCGACGCCCCGUCCUGCAACGUCAGCAUCAGCCACGUGGGGCCCAUGUCGGAGAGCAGCCCCAGCAGCGCAAGCAGCAAGAGCCAGGACAAGGCCCCAGAGCAGGAGGAGCCCAGGCUCGUGGACUGGCCGUCCUUCUUGAGCGAGAACGUGGCGUACAUCCUGGCCGCCCGCCCCAACAGCCCUGCCGUCCACCUGAAGCCGCAGGGGUAG